AUGUCUGGAUCCAAUCCUUUCCGCCAUAAGAAACCCAACCUCCAAUCUGCCCCGCAGCUCUCACGACGCCAGCAGCCACACCCGGCACCAUCAUCAGUCCACAACGGGCAAGACAACAAAAGCACGCCAAGUGGCCCCGCACUAAAGAUAUAUGACGAAGACCCUUCUCGAUCACCUCCGCUCCAGAAAUCCGCCCGCAACGCUUCUCCAACUGUCCCGGCCCAGGCAUUAUUACACCCCAGCGCCAGCGAUCACUCAGCUCAAGCCAAUACUACGGCCUCGUGUCCCAGCCACAGCUCGUAUCCUCACGGUUUGCCAUCCCCUCUAUUGGGCGAUGAUGAGAGCCCGCGUUCUGAAGAUCCGUUUAAUCCGGAUGCUUCCGGGAGCGGGAGUGACGGUGAAGAUGUACUAGAUGGUGAAGAACCGAUGAUGUCGAGGAUGGGAGAAGAGGUUCGUCGUCGUCGUCGUCGAUCAAUAGAGACCGGUGGUGCCGCGCGUUCUGCAUUCUCUACUGCACGGGAGCCUGCUACACCGCGGGGAAAUGGUGAUUCGACGACAAUGCCCUCUUCAGGUCAGACGGGAAAGAGGGCGACGAUGGAUGUUGAUGCUUUUACGAGAAUGCUUAUGACUGGAGAUAUGGGGAAUGCUGGAGCGGGAAAGGAACCUUCUCCUAUGACACGCUUGCCAUCACAGACCAAGCAUGGGCUACCCUUCAGCAGCGACAGCAGCAGCAAUACAGACACAGCACCUGCUGCAUCAAAGCGGGCUCUUUUUGACCGACGCCAUUUACCGCAGUUGGAAACCUCGCGGACUUCCCAUGAAAUGUCGAUAUUGGAGGCUGAUGAGGAGCGGCGAGAACUUGCGGCCUUGACCAAACCCGCGGAACGGCACAAGCCUCCUCCCCCAAAGCCAAGGCGUGGGAAGCCCAUCGAGCACAACACCGGGCAGGCGUCCCCUCUGGCCAAUUCGUCCAUAAGCAACCCCUCCGCAUCGCCCAUUACAUUAUCGAUCUCAUCUCCAGCGCUCCUUCAACAAUCAAGGAUUGAUGUCAACAAGCCUCUGCCCCAGCCACUGGUUGAUAAUGUAUUUUCAUCAAUGACCACAAAAGAUUCUGAUAAAGGCGCUGAUGGCGCAUCUCCGCUGCUCCAGCACAAACGUCCACCUACACCCCCUUUAACCCGACGACACAGCCAGAUGAAAUCCAACAAAUCCGACCUCUCAAGAGAGAAUUCCUCAAGAUUCUCCAUGGUAUCUCCUACUACUAAUAACAACCUCUUAAACACACUGUCAUCCACCCUAAAGAGUCCACCGCCCCUCCCAUCCCGAAGAAAAGAUCGCGAAUCGUCCACAUACUCCUCCUCCGACGCAACACUCCUACCAUCACCCCAAGAACAACUGCACUACACACAGCGGCAGCGAAGUGAUUCUUCAAAGGAAGACUCUUCAGACAAAUCCAGUCUCCGCAGCGUGGAGACCAUCUCGGCAAUUUCUAACAAACGCACUUCACACGGUCCACCCCGGCUACCCCCCCCUAGGCGAGGAGGUGGGAGUGGGUGUAGGGCUAGUCUGGACGAGAUACGGCCUCUUGCGUUUUCAGUUGAGGAUUCUCCAACGAUAUCGGCAGCAGCAGCGACCGAUGCGGCGACUCGGACGAGGAACAACAUAGAAGUUAGCAAGCGAGCAUCUCUCGAUAUACCUCCCCAGUCACAUGCUACUGACAUACUGGCCGAUUUGUCACGGUUGAAGAAGGAAGUGGAUGAUUUGCGGGGCCGGUAUGAGGGGCGGCAAGCGAGUUCGUGA